GCGUCUGGUCCCGGCCCGGCCCAACAAGAAGUGCCAACCCCGAAUCAUCGGUCCGCAGCAACGGCACCCAGCCCCGGCGCUCUUCAACUGCUCCGGCCAACAUGCCGACGGGCUUUCCUUGGCGACAGCCACAUACCCAACUUUUCCUUGUCCCCUCUCUGCAAUGGCCCAUCACGAGCAGCCCGCAGAUGUGUUUGCCAUUCCAGAAUUCUGGAGCGCGCCAAAAUGGCUGCAGGCUGACGUUCCUGAGCGGGGCGUGGGUGGCUUUUUUGAUAUGGACAUCGACGCAGACUGUCAUCGAACCCCAGCUUGUGUUCCCCUCCAGUUAAACGGCAUCAUCUCGCCCUUCGUCAAUGAUGAUCACGUGGCUCCUCCUUCUGCUCCCGUUUCCCCUGUCUGCGAUGUUGAUGUCGAGGCGGCCGAUAAGCCAGCGCCGGUACCAACACCAGCACAUACACUUUCGCCGGCUCCUGGUGACCAAGACCCUUGGCUUUCCAUCGAUACACCAGUCACCUCCGCCACGCUGAGGACUUGGGAGGAGUUCCUACCAGAGCCUGGUUCUUCGCCCCUGCUGAACGCGAACCCAGCGUUUAUCACUGAGGCCGGCCCCGUUGCGUUUGACCGACUGCUAGCGAGCGGUGGUAUCCCCUCCCGUAUCCGUCCUGGCCAAGACACCAUGUACUUGGAUCCAGGCCAGUUCAUAAACUGCCUCCUGAGCCUGGCGUUUGGCCGGGGCUCCCUUCUAUUCUCUUGGGAUCCCGCCAAGCGAUCCUUUCGCCAGACGACACAGACCGCCCUACUCUCCGGUUACUCUGCCGAGACUCUGCAGGGUAUCACGUCCAUCUGUAUGGACUGCGGGAACAACGCCCGUUUUCUCCGCAGUUUUGUCGAGAAGACAUAUGCGGCCCACGCUAGCCCUUGCCGCGUAGCACUAGCCACCGCUGUCGACCAGAUCAUGUGCUCCGUUCAGUCAGGCCUUCUCGCCAAAGGUCAACUAGCCAGGUCUCUGAUCCAGCUGCAGGGCCUCGUCCGUCCGUUGCAGUCGACCGUUCUCUACUUUCGAAAUCUCGUAGUCACCCUCUCGAGGUCCGCGACAGAUGAGGAGCUGUUGUCUCAACUGUUCCACGCGGCACACAGCGCCGAAUACGAAAGCGAUUUUCUGCGCGCCACCCUGCGUGACGUUCUCAAGACUGUUUCGAUGCCCUGGACAGACUUUGUCGAGGAGUGGUUGGGCUUGAGACCCGAGGGUGGGAUUCCUAUCUCCAAGGACGGCCUUGGAAAGGGGUUCGUCAAGAUCGGGAGCCAGCUCUACGGUGACGGCCUCGAUUUGGAACAAGAAGAGACCGAAUUCUUUCUGGACGAAGAGAAGAUGCCAUCAUUCAUCCCCGACGACAUUGCUCGCCCGCUCUUCGAAGCCGGGAGGAACCUUCGGUUUAUCUGGUCACGUCACCCCGAGCACCCUCUGUCGCGGCCAUCAACCAUCACAGCAAGUAAGCCGCCGAGACUCGAGUGGCAAUUUGAGUGGGAUGACAUAACCCGCAUUGAGCAGCAAGCCCGUGCCUACGAGCAGGCCUUGUUAGAAUCCAUCCGCAAAGGCGGCCCUAGCAACGCUGAGACCACCGAGUCGAGGAAUUUACGGGACGAGACAAAAGCUCCUUGUAUCUCAAGCUUCGAAUUUAGCUUCUUUGGCAAGGCUGAAGAGCAGAUACAGGAAAGAAUUCUAGCAUCCAUCGCCGAGCUGGAUAAGCCCAUCCUGCAGCAAGCCACUGCCACGGACAACCUCAGCACGGUUUCCCUGGAACGAUUACUGGCAGAUGGCGAAGCACCGGGCGCUUCGAAUUUUCCCGGGCUCACACCUCACUGGUCGCUGCUCCCAGUACUCUCCUUUGGCCCUAUCAUAACAGCACAGGCCAGGCUCGUGAACAGGGAGUGCAUGCGACUUUUGUUUGACGUGCACCGGCUGGCGGAACACCUCAAGAUUCAGCUCGAGUUUCAGCUUCUCGGGAAUGGGCUGUUUUGUAGUCGGCUCUCGCACGCUCUCUUCGACCCCGACCUGCACACGGCCGAGCGAGAGGCCGGCAUGGCUCUAAGCGGCAGCGACAUGGGCCUCCGUCUUCUCGGAAGGGAGACGUGGCCCCCGGCGAGCUCCGAGCUUCGCCUGGCGCUCAUGGGUGUCCUUACCGAAACCUGGGAGCAGCGCCCAAAGGCAGACCAGGCUGCGCUGCCGAGAGAUGGCGACGGCAACGCAGAAUCCCUACCAGGAGACCUGAGCUUCGCCAUCCGCGAGCUCUCCGCCGAGGAGAUGGAGAAAUGCAUGGACCCCGACUCCCUGGAGGCCCUGGACUUCCUUCGGCUAUCCUAUAAGCCGCCCGCGCCUCUGGUGCCUGUGAUUACGCCCACGAUUCUCUCACGGUACGACCGCGUGUUUAGGCACUUCCUCCGAGUUCUCCGCCUGCUUUUCGUCACGGACCAGCUCUUCCGAAGCGCCCCUGCCAUCUCCGCCACCCGCAGCGAUGGGGCUGUGCAGCAGCGGUUCCGGUUCGAGGCCAGGCACUUCGUGUCUGGUAUCGCGGCCUACUUCUUCGGCUCAGGUAUUGCGCUGCCGUGGCGCCGCUUCGAAACGUGGCUGAAGGUCGUGCAGGCCGACGUAGGGGCGAACGGUGCCGUGCCCGGGACAGAAUCAGCCUCGGGGCCAGCGACCGGCGGGUGGGACGAUCACAGCCCGGAGCGGCUGCGGGCACGCCACGACGAGAUGCUCGACGAGAUCAUGCAGGCGCUGCUGCUCCGGAAGCGGCAGGAGCCUGUCCUCCGGCUGCUGGAGGAAAUCUUCUCGCUCAUCCUGCGUUUCGUCAAGGUGUCGGGGCGCGCUGCUCGGGGUCCCGGAGGCACGCCGGGCUCUGUCGACGUGGGCUCUCUAUACAAGGAGUUCCGGAGGAAGGUCGAGGUCUUUAUGACGGUGUGCAGGGGUCUGGCGGAGAAGGGCGGCGGUCAUGUGAAGGGAGCGACGUUGUCAGCGGCGACCUCAGGUGGUGCACCCCGUGACAACCCCAUUGAUAGGCUCUUGCUGUCCUUGGACAUGUUUGACUUUUAUUCCAGGGCUAGAUAGUAUAGUACAGUGAAGUUACGUUUGUUGCAGCUUCCGUCC